AUGGUUCAAUCGAGCGCUGUCGUUUUGAUGUUAAUGGCAAUGUGCUUGACAUCUGAAUUAGCCCAAUCUUCUUACUCCUCACCGCCGUCACCUUCACCCAUGAAAUCUCCGCCUUCGGAAUUGACUCCUACUCUGGAACCAGCCACCGCACCUCAGUCUAAGCCACCUGUCUCUGCUGCUGCACCUGAAAAGAGCAAUCCCCCGCCAGUACCCUCUCCAUCUGAGCUCGAAUCUCCUCCUCCUUCUCCAGUAGCUACUCCUUCCUCAAUCUCUGCAGCGCCAUCUGAGGCUCCUUCACCAAUUGAAAACAAUGCCGUUUCGAACAGAUUAGCUAUUUCUGAAACUGCGGCUGCCGGUCUCUUCGCUGCCGUUUUGUUGAUGUAG